AUGGCAUCAACCGCCAUCCCGCCGCCGCCGCCUCCGGCGGUGCCGGAGCGGAGACUGCCGCUGGUGCCGCGGCUGGCGGACGAUGGCGGCGGGGGCGGAAGGGGCGACGACGCGCGGGGGAGUAGUGCGGGAGGGAGCGGGAGCGGGAGCGGGAGCGUGGCGGGCAUCUCGCCGAGCAUCCUCAUCAUCGCGGUCAUCGUGGUGGUGAUGCUGCUCGCGUCGCUGUGCAUCCACUACUUCAUCCGCCACCUCCGCCGCCACGUGGGCCUAGCGGGGUCCUCCGCUUCGUCCCGGCAGGCGCCGCCGCUCCCGCUCGUGGCGCGCCCCGCGGCGGGGGCGUCCGUGGCGCCCGCCGACGGCCAGGAGGGGGGAGGAGGAGGGAAGGCGGCGGCCGCGGCAGAGGCGGAGGCGGAGCGGCUCAUCGCGCGCCUGCCGCUGUUCACGCUGUACUCGUCGCUGGCCUCGGUGCCCAAGUCGUCGAGCGACUGCGCCGUGUGCCAGAGCGCAUUCCGCGACGACGACGAGCUCCGCCUCCUGCCCGCCUGCCGGCACGCCUUCCACUCCCGCUGCGUGGACCCGUGGCUGCGUGCCAACCCGUCCUGCCCGCUGUGCCGCGCCUCCAUCGCGCUGCCCCACCCGCCGCUCACGGACCUCCUCCGCGUGGAGCUCGGCAGCGUCAGCAGCCGCCGCUCCAACCCGGACGCUGCGGCUGCCGCCGUCCGCGCGUACCCGCUCCCCGGUGGCCUCCCCAACUCGGCGUCGUCAGAGUACCUCGUCGAGGAGGAGCUCCAGGUCGUGCUCAAACCGAGCCCGCGCGCCGCCGCCGCCGGUUCCAGCGACCCUCCAAGCCAGCAGCCGCAUCAGCAUCAGCAGCACCAGCUCACCGCGGUGGAGCGCGGGCAGCCGUCGUCGUCGUCGUCCGUGGGCCUGACCCCUACGGCAUCGUUCAGGUCGACGGCGGAGCGGUGGAGCAGCAGGUGGAGCAACCGGUGGAGCAGCGGGCGCUGGAGCAGCCGGUACGACGCCGGGACCGUGACGGCCGCGGCCACGGCGGAGUGGUGGUGGGACAUGGACGGCGGCGUGGCCCCCGCGACGCGGCGGAGGGACGUGGACGACGGCAGCGCGUCGUUCUACGGGUUCGUGCGGUGGCUCACCGGGGCAUACUAG